AUGGCCUCUACCUCCAGUCCUGCGUGGGUCCUCACAAGUCAAUCUUCAUUUGACAGCCUGCAGUUGAUUGAUAAUCAUCCAACCCGCCAAUUGGGCGAGCAUGACAUCUUAGUAGAAUUACAUGCAGCAUCUCUGAACUACCGAGACAUCGUCCUGGCCAAGGGCACAAUUCCCCUCCCAUUCUUCCGGCCAGGAGUGAUUCCAGGCUCAGAUGGUGCUGGAGUAGUCGAAAAAGUCGGAAUAAGCGUCAAAGGUUUCCAGCCCGGUGACAGGGUAUGCACAUACCUCGCGCCACAUCUCCCUCCCUCCAAACCAGCGUCCAUGGCAGAUAUCUGCCACGGUCUUGGACAAGAACUCGAUGGCACGCUACAAUCUCAUGGAGUUUUUCACGAAACAGCUCUUGUCCACAUGCCAGAAGGGCUUGAUUAUCUUGAAGCAAGCACAUUGACAUGCUCCGGGCUUACGGCGUGGAAUGCUUUAUUCGGUGUUGAGGGGUACAGACCCAAGGAUAAAGACUAUGUGCUCGUCCAAGGGACGGGCGGUGUUUCCAUUGCAGCUUUACAAUUUGCCUUGGCUGCCGGCGCAACUGUCAUCGCUACUACAAGCACAGAGGCGAAAGCAGAGCGACUCCGGGCCCUUGGUGCCCACCAUGUCAUAAACUAUCGAGAAGACGCCGACUGGGGCGCCACGGCCAAAGGGAUAACUGAAAACGGCGAAGGAGUACAUAUUGUCGUUGACGUUGGUGGUUCAUCGACUAUUUCACAGUCGCUCAAGGCGAUUCGCAUUGGCGGGUUGAUCUCUCUGGCGGGUAUGCUUGGAAAAGAAGAGGAAGGGCCAUCGGUGCCGAAUAUGAUGGAUUGUCUAUGGAAUGUAUGUGCAGCACGUGGAUUUCUCCUUGGGACCCGGGACCAAUUCCGGGAGAUGAACCAAUUCAUCACGAAACAAGGGAUCAAGCCUGUUGUUGAUGAGCGGGUCUUCGAAUUUGAAGAGGCUAAGCAGGCUUAUGAGCUCCUAGAGAAGCAGCAGCAUUUCUCUAAGGUUUGUAUUCGGAUACGAUAA